CAGCAUCCCGUGGUGAUGUGUGUGUUUGCUGUAGGGGCGCUGUGUUUUGUUGUGAAACCUCAGUUCUGGGUUUCUGCAAAGUUAGAGGGAUGUGCACUAACGAAUUUAAGGUUGAUCAACUCCAAAAUGUUAUCUCGGUAUCUCUGCCAAGUUUACAAGUGUUUGUUUCUCCACAACUUAAACCUGAAUUCGGUAAGCGUGGCUAGUCUGGCCAGAAGGAUCCAUAUUUCAUCAAAAAAGCUUUCUGACUGUGAGUUAAAGGAACAAACCAUCCAGAAAUGCAAAACUGAAGAGUUGCCUCAAAGUACGGAAAAGAGUAACUUUGGAAGAUUGCAUACACCAGUGAUGCUGGAGGAGGUUCUUAGUUGUUUAUCCCCCCAGCCAGGUCAGCGUUUCCUCGAUAUGACGUUUGGAGCCGGAGGUCACACGACAGCUCUUCUGGAGAGAGCCAACGACAUCACCGUGUAUGCCCUGGACAGGGACCCCACAGCCUACAGGAUAGCUCAGCAGCUCUCAGAAUCCUACCCGAAACAGAUUCAACCUCUUCUAGGACAGUUUAGCCAGUCAGAGGCUUUGUUACUCUCGUCUGGGGUUGAGCCAGGGACUCUGGAUGGAGUUCUCCUGGAUGCUGGCUGUUCUUCCAUGCAAUUUGAUACACCCGAAAGAGGUUUUUCCCUGCAGAAGGAUGGACCUUUGGACAUGAGGAUGGAUAGUGACAGGUGCCCUGCCAUGCCCACUGCCGCCGAUGUUGUGAACGCGCUGGAUCAACAGGCGCUUGCGUCCAUCCUCAGGGCGUACGGGGAGGAGAGGCACGCCAAGAAAAUCGCCUCGGCCAUCGUGCAGGCACGCAGCAUAUACCCCAUCACCAGAACCCAGCAGCUUGCAAGCAUCGUUGCAGGUGCUUUUCCAGCAUCAGCACUGUACGCACGGAAGGAUUUGCUUCAGAGACCCGCGCACGUCGCUACCAAAACUUUCCAAGGCCUGCGAAUAUUUGUCAAUGAUGAGCUCCACGAACUCUUCAUAGGACUGAAGACAGCUGAGAAGUUUCUGAAACCCGGAGGUCGCCUCGUAGCCCUCUCCUUUCAUUCGCUGGAAGAUCGUAUUAUCAAACGUUUUCUUCGUGGGAUAGACAUGACAGAGAAGUACAAUCUUAGCUCAAGGCAGAAGAUAAGGCAGGCUCUGAAAAAUCCCUCCAAAAAAGAAGACACACGAGAAUCUCCCCAUGGAAAAUCCAACUCCAAGUGGAUUUUUAUACAGAAAAAAGUUCUCACACCCCAGGCCAAGGAUGUUCAAACAAACCCGAGAGGAAGGUCGGCCAAGCUAAGAGCUGCUAUUAAAGUCUAAAACAAAAUAUAUGAUUAGAUAAUUGUAUAAUUUCCUGUAAUUUUUUUUUUCUGGAAGGCUAACUGGACAGGUAGUAUCAAACUGAAAAAAUAAAAUGAAGGCUGUUAGAAAACA